GAUUCUAGUGAGUACGCUGGGUGUUUGCGUCGCCGGCAUCGUAGGUCGUGACGCGGCGCGAGUGACGUCACUGCGAGGGUGGAGGGCGCUCAGCCGCCGCCAGGGCAAGGGUAGUUGUAGCCAUCCCCUAGUGAAAGUCGACUCGACGACGUCAGUACGGCCCGCUUCGCUAACCGAAUCACACGCGUUGCUCUUCAAUAACACUAUGUACUACGAGCAAAAUAACCUGCAAUUAUCACAUCUUCUAGCUAUAUUAACAAGAAAGUAUUACUGAAAAGUUUUAAUACAGACCUCCUCUCUCCGUUUUCAAGUUUUAAGAUGGCGCUCGUCAUGCUCCCCUGCGACCUGCCGUGGUGGACCUCGGUGCAGCGGCACCUGAAGCACCUGCUGCUGGCUUCGUCCCCGACGAAGCUCGCUGCCAGCAUGCUAAAAAUUCACGACAUGUGCAACAUUGGCAUAGACCCAGAAGACGAUAUCAAUGAUCCUGACUUAAUGAAAGGAUUAGAACAGUUCCUUACUGAAGAAAUGGGAGCAGAGGACUGUCGACACUUCCUAGACAAUACCAUUAGAAUAAUGGUAAACAGGGCGUUGCAUUUGAAACGUUGGCGACCGCCCAAAGGAUUAAUGUUUAGUUUGCAACAGCAGAGUGACGUGACUGAAUUAGAUUACAAUUUCGUAUCAUCUCUGGUUGCUCAUGCUUUCUUCUCGACCCUUCCCAAAAGAACGCUCAAGACGCAUCCAACUUUACAAGACUUCAACUUUACUCACUUUUUUAAGAAUUUACACAGAAAAUCACAAAUAAAUAAGUUAAAAAGUUUACUCCAUUAUUUUGAGUGGUUAGAUAAGAAUAAUAAUGAAGGAUCUAUCAAGAUAAGCCGACAGGUAAUGACCUCGAAGCAAUGGUUGACUAUCGAAGACUGGUUGGAGUGCACGCUUCCACUGUGUAAACUGCAGGUGCGGCACGAAGGCCGACCUGAGCGCUGUGAAGCCGAAGACGCGCUCCGCAUCUGCUUCGCCUCCAGCCGCGUGGGCGGUGACACACUCAUCGACGGAGAUUCACAGGAAUCCCUGUCUAUGUUCAUGAUGCCUGAACUGUUACCUAUCAUGUUAUCAGUAGAGGCUUUGGAAGACAAUGAGGUGUUAAAAGUAGAAAACGUCAGAAUGGUUAGCAGAAUUCCCGAUAAGAAAAACAAAUCAAGUGUAGAAUUGUUAGAAGAACCUAAACCGGUCACGGUGUGUUUGAUGGACGCCGAGGACUACAGCGUGUUGCCGUUUAGCCAGUGGGAAGAAGACAACGUGUUGCGUGAACUAAACAAGUGUCUCCUCGCCUUCCAGCAAUCUCCCAUGCAAUCUCGCGACACUCAGAGGCAUGAGAGGAGGCUGUCGCCAAUAGGGGAAUCAUUCAGUCACACACCACCCGAAGUAGAAGCAAGCGUGGUGAUCAAACAGGCAUCGUCGUGCAGCACGCUCAACAGCUACAACAGCCGAAGCCCCUCGCCGCAGCCGCGCGACCGCCGUGACUGCGCCAACACGCUCAACCUGAACGAUCCAAGCGUCGAAAUAUUAAAGCGAAAGUGUUGGCUGUCACCCGACGGUGCGACGCUGAACAACCGGCGAGGCCGGUUCAUCGUGCUGGGCUCGUCGGGCGAGUGUCUGCCCGUGACGCGUGCGCCCGCGCAGGGCCGGGACCAGGACGACAGCCUCUACUCCAGCUGCGACUCCAGCGACGAGGAAUACCACAGUGCCAAUGAUAGCUUCGACUAUGGAAAAUAUGGUAGCGAAGACGAAGGAAGGGGUGAGAGUGCUCGUCCCAACUCAUUCCAAUAUUCUAAAGAGCUGUCGACCGAGGAGCGUCGGCAGAGCUUCGCGGGGCGACUGCGGGAGGCGCUGCAGGAAGCGCAGCCCUCCUGCACCUCGAGCACCGGCGACUGGUCCAGCGACAGUUCCAGCUACGCCGUCGGCAUCAGCAUCUCCGGCGCCGAGCUCAACGACAACGAUAUAAGAGUCAAACGUGGAGGUUCCGUGGGAUUCGUAUUAACGGAAAAGGAAACGAGCAAUGGCAAUCCCUCGCCACGACACUGUGCUUUGGGGCGGAAGGAGGCCGGAAAUAGCUCUAAAUACAGUUUCAGCACGGAGUACACGUCUGAACUAGAAGAAGUCUACGAACAAUUCAAUAAUUGGCUAAAUGAUCCUAUUAUUGAUAACGACGGUGGCGAACAUAAACGAGAAAUGGACUCACGUGAUUUAGCCGUCAUAAGGUUCGCGGGAUCGCUGUUGAAGCGGACGUUGAGCGAGUCGCUAGCGGGAGGCACGGGCGCGGGCGCGGCAGGCGAGGCGGAGGCGGCCGAGCUGUACCCGCGUGACGGACGCGACCGCGCCGCGCCGCGCCGCCUCGCGCUCGCUGCGCGCUCGCUCUCUCUCGAGCUGGCGCGCCACCGCCACCGGCUCGCCGCACAGUUGCUAAGCCAGUUGGCUCACAAGAUAGUGUCGGGCGGGUCGUGCCGGCCGGUGGCGACGGGCAACUGGGGCUGCGGGCGGCAGCGGCGCGGACACCCGCAGCUCAAGCUGCUGCUGCAGUGGCUGGCCGCCAGCGUGGCCGGCGUGCCCGCGCUCAUAUACUACACCUACGGCAAUGAAAAACUUUUCAAGUGCGACACACUGGCGCGCGUGCUGGUGGACCGCAAGUGGUCGGUGGGGCAGCUGGCGCGCGCGGUGCUGCGGCACGCGCGCGCGGCGCUGCGCGAGCCGCGCUCCUCGCCCGCCGACCACUCGCUCUUCGACGACCUCAUCGGCAUCGACCGCACGCCCGACGACCUCUAGCACCAGUACCUCGCGCUAUUUGGCGAAAAGUACAAGGAGUACCCCUAGCUGCUAUAACCGCCGCGGUAUAAAUG